AUGGAGAACGAUCCGGAUACUCUGAUUGAGUGGCUGCAAAAUGGCACAGAAGAGGGUCGUGACAUACAGCAGAUUGCUUUAGAACAGCUGUGUAUGAUGUUGCUCAUGUCAGAUAACGUUGACCGUUGCUUCGACCGUUGUCCACCUCGAAAAUUUCUUCCGGCGUUGUGCCAUAUUUUUAUGGACGAAGCAGCGCCGGACAGCGUACUAGAAGUUACUGCUCGUGCAUUGACUUACUAUUUGGACAUAUCAAGCGACUGUUCAAGACGUAUCGUCGUAGUCGACGGUUCUGUGAAAGCUAUAUGCAAUCGCAUGGCGACCUCAGAUAUCAAGAGUCGUACUAGCAAAGAUUUAGGUAAGACCAAUGAUAUCAGUGAUAAUAAUGAAAAUAAUGCGGCAUUGUCCGUUGUUACCCGGUUGUGUGCCAAAGCCGAUCCCGGCGACGCUAGUCUUUCAAAUGUAUUCAAGACCCUCAGCUACCUGCUGAAACACGAAGAUGCGUUGGUAUCGGACAGCAUUCUUCGCUGUUUCUCGUCAUUGUCAGAGAAGUAUGUGAUGAAAGGCUUAGACCCAAGUCCUAUCGCUCAGUAUGGCCUCAUCGAACACCUGUUGUCGCUGUUGGCGCGCUAUGGCCAGAAUAACAAUACACCGGUGGCUUCCACUACCACUCCUGCCAAUGUUAUGAAUGUGACUAGCGCCAAACUCAAUGCUUUUAUGCCGAACUACGACUCUGUGUCGUCAUCAUCAUCAUCUAACCCCACUUUAAAGAACUUUUCGGUGUUUGGCAUAACAGUUUCGAUCAUUUCGACGCUGUGUAGAAGCAGUGAGCGGAUGAUGAAAACGUUGGUGAACUCAGAGAUGUUGUUUCCGGCUUUGGAGAACAUGGUGAAUCAAAAGGAGGAGUUUUGUUUGAACGACUCGCUGUGGCUGAUUCAUCUGAUUCUGAAAUCGUUGUUCAAACGCCAGGAAGAAUCCGCCUCUAGCAGUGACAAGGUCGAUGACCAUGCAAGCAUGACGGUCCCAAAACCUGAAGCAGCCACAGUACAGAUAUCAGAUACGAGUGUCAUUAGAAACCAGUUAUUUGAUCACAUUCGAAAGGGUGAUACCGCUGCAUUCAUCGAAACCAUGGAAUCGAGUAACGUGGAUCCAAACCUGAACGACGACGUUGGUCAGUCACUUCUGAAUUGGGCGUCAGCUUUUGGCACCCCUGACAUGGUCGAGUACCUUUGUAGGCACGGAGCGAUACAGAACCGUUCUGGUUCAUGCAGUUCGCUGCGUCUAGCGGCUAGAUACGGUCGAAGCCAGACGGUUAAGGUGCUGCUGAAGUAUGGAAUGUGCAACUCAGCGAGACUCGAACAUACCGGUCCAAACUUUGCUUUUUCACGAUUGGGUAACGAAGUUGGCAGCCUUGGUGACAAUGAUACGACAGCGAUGGUGCCAAAACAGACUUAUGGCAAUUUUCCAUCUGUUUACCUGUCAAAAGUCCUUCCGGUUCUCGUACGCCUUUAUCUUCAGUGCGCUAGCGCGACGGUCAGACGCAACACCGUCGAGUUAUUGAAGAAGGCAAUGCGCUGCUGUACCAGCGACGUGCUCAAACCGCUGUGUGCCGAGACCGACUUCGGUACGAACAUCGUCGAAGUACUGUCGAUCAUCAUCGACCCGGACAACGAAAGUGAUGCAACCAUCAUGAAUGGGUUGCUGAUGGCCACUCAGCUGCUGUCGAAGAACACGGACUUCUUCGCGGAACGUUUUUUCCAGUUUGGCCUGACUGAGAAAAUCAAGAAAUUGAUCGGAGAAGCCACGCCUCCUACCGUUGCUACGAAUGACGGAACCAGCAACCAAAUGGAAAGUAUGCUUUUAGAGCGUUUGUACCGUUGGAACGAGUGGCGACUAUUCGGUGCCGAUGAGUCUCUGUAUGUUUGGUGCGACAUGUGCGCGCUUGAAUUCUCUAACGGAAGCAAUGGCUGGUUCCGUUAUAUGAUCGACGAUAAGCUGUACACAAUGUAUUCAAGUGGUAACCCAGAUACGGUUACGGGCAGUAGUCACAAUCGGGCGUUGUUCGUCAACCGAAUGUAUAAAACACUGCCUGCUGCGUCAGCAUCGAACAGCGAUGAGGCUCUGCCCAAGGCCAUCGAGUUGUUCGACGGUGGACGACGGUCGAAAAUCAUGUCUGGCAACUGGGUGAUUAAGGCAGUUGGCACCGACGAAAUUGUCAUCUUCAAGGCUGACGGCUCAGCACAACGCACUACUAUCCGAAGCGAUGUUGGCGGCUUUGUUUUUCGCUCAAACGACAGCGUUCAGUACUCAGUGCUGGCCAAAGAACCGCUACAGCCGGAGUUGUUCCACACUGGGUGGAUGCAAGCGAGGAAGUUGCCAUUUAACACGGGCGGGGUAGGUACUCCGAAGUGCAAGAAACAGACGGCCGUGGCCGACAUGGCUGCCAGUGUCUACCACAAAUACCUUGAACGCUGUUGCAGUGACUUCCAGCCGUACCUCAAUAGACUUAACGCCUUCGUAUCAGACGUGACUGCAACUGUAUCGUCGCAGAUGGACAACGAUGCCAAGGCCACUUCGCCUUUGCCUAACUUAGAUCAAGUUACGGAGCUGGUCAGACAGCUGAAACAGCUGCUAUCAGUGGAUAACGUGUUGUCGUCUAACAACCUGCUGAACAGUGGCUUGGUGUCGUCGUUGUUCUCGUUGCUGUCCUGUGUGCUGAACAACCGCAAGUUGUGGCCGGUGUUCGCUGAAUGUUUUUUGUCCACUGCCGAUGGCAGCGAUCACUGCGCUUUUAGGACGAUCGUACGUAAAGUAGUACAUGUGCUCGAGUGCUAUGAAAAGCUUCCCCUGUAUCUAUACGACAUCUCCAGUUUGACCAGUGGUCUUUCGCGCAAAUUUAAGCUGAUACUCGCACGGUCACCGAGUGACCGAACAUUGUUGGACAAAACCGGCAAGCGCUUAAAGGUCGAAUCCCUGGUUACUGUCGCCAGCAUCAAGGAACAUGUGCUACGUAUGACCCUUGACAGGUGGUACAAUAAUGAUCGAAAGACGUUCGAAUUUGUUCGCCAUUUCACCGAAAACCACGGCAAGCCGUUGACGUUCGACAUCGACGACGACGAAGACGACCAGGUAGAGGAAGGCGAUGGCGAAGAUAACGACGACGAUGAGGACAGUGGUGGUAUUCUCGCUUGGGUGGGCACAAACGGAGACAGCGUCCGUCGGUGGUAUAACCCGGCUAAGUACGGCCUCGUCCGAAUGAUGGCUGGUGAACAGUCAUUUUCGCUGGAAAAGCCAGAAAACUUUUUCAGCCGACGCUACAUCACAGCUGGGCCGCACAGCCACGACGACAGAAAGUCUUGGAUUUGCAUUGACCUGGGUCUUUACGUAGUCCCGAGUGCUUACCUCCUGUACCAUUCUCGUGGUUCUUGUAAGCUGCCUCUUGGAAGCUGGUUGUUUCAAAUGUCUAACGACGGCAUCACAUGGACGACUUUACACGAGCACGCAGAAGAGAAGGUGGCGACUGAACCUGGUGGUUCGGUGGUAGUUACGCUGAAAGUUCCGAAGACGGGACAUGCCGGUUGGCGCUAUGUCAUGAUCAAACACGCUGGUAAGUGA